AUGCCCGGUGUGCAGGAUCUGCUGCGGCAGGCACUGGAGGUGGAGAUGAGGAGGAAGAGGGAGGAGGAGAAGGUGGAGAGGAGGCUGAAGGUCACCGAGGCGCCGCCCUCGCAGGAGGCCGUGCUGCGGGAGCAGCUGCAGGGGCUGCUGGAGGAGGAGGAGGAGGAGGAAGGGCAGCAGGAGGAUGAGGAUGAUGAGGGUGAGGAUGAGGAGCGGCCCCGGCGGCGGGAGCAGCCCGGCCGCAAAACCGAGAAACAGCGGCGCAGGGAGAAGGAGCGGCGGCACGAGGCCGGUGCCCGUGCCCGUGCCCGCCUGGCCCGGCAGAGGCAGCAGGGGCUGUUCCGGCUGCGCUCCCUGCGCCGGGCUCUGCUGCUCUGGGACUCGGAGCUGCGGCGCCGGCGGCUGCUCCGGGAUCGGCGCCGGCGCCUGCGCGAAACGGCCCCGAAACGCCUCGGGGCCCUGCGCUACGAGGAGCCCGAGCUGGAGCUGCAGCUGAGCGAGGAGAUCCCGGAGAGCCUGCGGAGCCUGCGGCCGUGCGGCAGCGUGCUGCGCGAUCGCUUCCGCAGCCUGCAGAGGAGGAACGUCCUGGAGCCGCGCCUCAGGGCCAGGUUCCGGCGGCGCUACCGCGUGAAGUACGUGGAGAAGAGAUCCUUCCGCGCCGUGACGCUCUGAGCGGGACCCCCCAAAAUAAACCCUGGCAGCG